AUGGAAUCGACAGUGCCUUAUCAAACCCAUUUCGGGUACACCACUGACAUGACCAAUUGGUCAUACAAUUCCAACAUAACUCCAAUGAAACAGAUCGAAGCUUGCCUGCAAAUCGCCGGGAAAGACAGGAAGGCCUAUUCGCCUUUGGAUCAAGCCGAUGCGAUUUCUAUCGAUGAAAACGACAACGCUAGAAUUGAUAACAACAACAGAAGUAACGCGCACAACAAAAACCAUUCUAGCAGCUCGAACGGGCUCUCGCCCGCUCUAAGUAACGCGGGUGCUGUGCUGGAAAUGAAGCACCUUUGGGACGAGUUCCACGCCUUGGGCACGGAGAUGAUCGUCACCAAAGCGGGCAGAAGGAUGUUCCCCACGUUCCAGGUGAAACUCUGCGGUCUCGAUCUCCACUCCGAGUACAUGCUCAUGAUGGAUUUCGUACCGGUCGAUGAUAAACGGUACCGAUACGCUUUUCACAGCUCGAGCUGGGUGGUGGCGGGCAAAGCGGACCCCGUCUCGCCGCCCCGGAUCCACGUGCACCCCGACAGUCCCGCCACGGGGGCCCAAUGGAUGAAACAGACGGUCUCCUUCGAUAAACUCAAGCUCACUAACAACCAAUUGGACGAUAACGGACACAUUAUAUUGAAUUCGAUGCACCGGUACCAGCCGAGGUUCCACGUGGUGUACCUGCCCCCGAAGAGCGUUUCGAACCAGGAGAAUUGCUCGGAGAAUUUCAAAACGUUCGUGUUCUCGGAGACUUCUUUCACGGCCGUUACGGCUUAUCAGAAUCAUAGGAUAACUCAAUUGAAAAUCGCCAGCAAUCCGUUCGCGAAAGGAUUCCGGGAUUGCGAUCCUGAUGAUAACUCAGAUAUCGUCAACCAAUCGAGUUCGUCUCCGAGGAAUCGAUCCACCUCCAGAUCGACACCUAAUAACAUCGGAAAUAAAGACGACGAUCCGCAGGAGCAAAUCCUGGAGCCGGCGCGACAGCCGAUGAUCUUCCAGAACCGCUACCAGGCGGCGGCGCAGCCGGGGGGCCCUUCGCUGGUGCCCUACACGUCGGAGUUGUGCAGCUACGGGCCGGUGUACCAUUCGCACAACAUCCUGCACAACUACAAUCCGGCGUUCGGCAACGAGAAGGGGAUGAGGGCGGCGAAUUUCGGACGGGCCGUGUACGGGAACGGGGGGAACUUCCGGGCGUCCGGGUUGCACCAGAACGGGUACGAGUUCGCGCCCAGAUAGGGAA